GCUCAACAAACUCGGCAGAAUACAGUUCUCAAAAAUUGCCAUGGAUAGUAAAAGUUUAUUAGUGGUGCUGGUGGUGCUGGUCUGCUCCAUGCACAGUGUUUGGUCGCAGACAACCGCAACCACAUCGAUAACUGAAAUAUCCACAGAAACAACAGAGAUAUCCACAGAAACAACAGAAAUACCUUUUACAUCUUGUAGUGAAUAUAAUGCAGUUACAGUCGAUCUGAACACUGUCAAAGGCGUUUGGUAUGAGACGGGCCGUGCUAAUGACGUGAAUAUGCAGUGCAAAGAAAUCACAGUUCCUGAAAAGGACAGUGCGGAGAAAAAUUUAGAUAUUGAUAUUUCGUACGUUGACUCCUCUGACGACAAGUGGGAGUCCACGAGCAAAACGGUGACCUUUCCCUGGAACACGGACACCCAAAAUGGUAUCUUCACGUGGAAAAGGGAGAAGGAUACCCUUACCUAUAAGCUUAUCAAAUUGCAAAACCCCAAUUACGCAUUCUUCUGCGGCUACGAUGACGCAUCCACCUACGAACCCUUUAUAAUUUGGUCGCGAAACGCAAUUCUGUCCACGGAGCAGAAAGAUGCCCUCCAAAAAGAGAUGGACGAUCUGCGUCCGGACACAAAACUCGUCUGGGUGGAACAAUCCGAGGAAAAGUGCAGCUCCGCCAUGCGUACCGCCGGCGGAUCACUUGUCGCAUUGGCCUUGGCCCUUGUUAUCUAUCGCAGGAAUAUUUAAAAUCAAUUUUGGAUCAAAUUUUAGCUAAUUAUAAAAAUAUGAAAUUCUUGAAAACAUUUCUUCAUUAUUAAGCAAAGCUUUUAUAUUUAAAUAAUUCCAAUAAAUAUACAUACAAAGUAAAUUUUUUAUUAGCGCAGUUUUAGUUGUCUUCAGUUGUCUAAUUACAGAUUAUUUUUACUGCUAUUUUCGAUUUAUUUGUUGUCCAUUAGUCUUAUCUUCUUAAAUUUACUGACAACUGUCUUAUUUUGGAUUGCUAUUAAAGAUAACGAUGGCGAGUAUAAUUCCCAAUUACGAAUCAACUCAAAGUUCAUAUGAUGAUUAA